AACGUGAGGGGCUGGCAGGCCGCUAGUCCCGCUGGGCUCCAGGGGCGUGCGGGUUGGCCGGUGCGGGGCUGAGAGUGGGAGUGAACUGUGGCUUGCCUGUCAUUGGUUACCUGGGUCCCAGCCCUCCAGCUGCAGGAUCUGUCACCGCAGCCCUCUCCCCUCCGCGGCUCCCCACAUUCCUUCAAUCAAUACCCGCACGUCGCAAGGCUCCAAUCAUUGCACUUCGUCACGCGCGUGGAGUGUGCAGCCGAGACGUCAUCCCCGAAGGUGGAUCGGGCCGUCCGCAGCCACUAUCCUAUAAAACUCGCUAAAAGGGACGGGGGCAGAGGAACUGGGCUGCAGACUUGCCCUGGCGCUGCGGAUCAUUGGCUUUAUGAGCGCCGCCGAAGUGUUGCGGAGCCCCUAGUCCCCUGCCCCGCUCGCCAGCGGCAGCGGCGCUUUGCCGGGUGACAAGCGACACGUCCGGCGGGAGCCGAAGAUGUUGCUGGCGGGGAUGAGCGUGUGGUCCUGGCUGGAAGCCGCGCUCACUGCUCUCCUGGCCCUGGGGCUGCUCCUCGCCGCCUCCCGGCACUUGUGGACUCUCAGGUGGACUCUGAGCAGGGACCGGGGCAGCUCCCUGCCGCUCCCCAAAGGCUCCAUGGGGUGGCCGUUCUUCGGGGAGACCCUGCACUGGCUGGUCCAGGGCUCCAGCUUCCACAGCGCCCGCCGGGAGAAGUACGGCAACGUGUUCAAGACCCACCUGCUGGGCAAGCCCGUGAUCCGCGUGACCGGGGCCGAGAACAUCCGCAAGAUCCUGCUGGGGGAGCACAGCCUGGUCAGCACCCAGUGGCCGCAGAGCACCCAGAUCAUCCUGGGCGCCAACACGCUGCUGAACGCCAGCGGCGAGCUACACCGCCACCGGAGGAAGAUCCUGGCGAGAGUCUUCAGCCGCGCCGCCCUGGAGAGCUACCUCCCUGGGAUCCAGAAGGUCGUGAGCAGGGAGCUGCGGGGCUGGUGCCGCGAGCCUGGCUCCAUCGCGGUCUAUUCCUCCGCUAAAACCUUGACUUUCCGCGUUGCAGCUCGGGUUCUGCUGGGCCUCAGCCUGGAGGAAAAGCAGUUCAAGGACCUGGCCAAAACCUUUGAGCAGCUGGUGGAGAACCUGUUCUCCUUGCCCCUCAACAUACCGUUCAGUGGGCUGCGCAAGGGGAUCAAAGCCAGGGAUAUGUUACAUGAGUACAUGGAGAAAGCCAUAAUGGAAAAACUGCAAAGAAGGAACUCAGAAGAUCACAGUGAUGCUCUGGAUUUCUUAUUAAACAGUGCCAAGGACCAUGGCAAAGAAUUCACCAUGCAGGAGCUGAAGGAGUCAGCGAUUGAGCUGAUAUUCGCUGCUUUCUUCACCACUGCUAGUGCCAGCACUUCUCUAAUCCUUCUGCUACUGAAACACCCCUCGGCGACAGAAAAAAUCAGACAGGAACUGGUAUCCCAUGAUUUGAAUAGGCAGUGCCAUUGCCUUUCGCCUCGAGUCUCCCAAAAGAAGCACCCAUAUAGUGAACCUUGGGAAGAUGCACCGAAAGACAGUGACUCCCAACAGCUACUCCUCUCCUGGCCAGAAGGGACGCCGAAGAAUCAAAGUCAGAAACUUGAUUUAAAAGCAGAAGGAGAGGUUGAAGGUCGUUUUAUCCGACAGACUCCUUUCCAGAAGGAGCCCACGUUAAACAGAAUGACACAAGACACAAUUAGUUUGAAUACAAAUUCUCACCAUUCAAACCACAGGCAAAAGGAAGCCAGCCAGCCUCCCAGCAGGCUGUCGGUGCCCACAGGGCCAAUGACACCUGGGGCAGAAUGUGAUUGUCAACCGGAGAUAAACUUGGAAAAACUGAGCCGCCUGCGCUACUUGGACUGCGUGGUCAAGGAGGUCCUUCGUGUGCUGCCACCCGUUUCUGGAGGCUAUAGGACUGCCCUGCAGACCUUUGAGCUGGAUGGCUGCCAGAUCCCCAAGGGCUGGAGCGUGAUGUACAGCAUCCGAGACACGCACGAGACCGCGGCCGUGUACCAGAGCCCGCCCGAGAGCUUCGCCCCGGACAGGUUCGACUCGGCCCGGCAGGAGGACGGCCAGGGGGCAGGACGCUUCCACUACAUCCCCUUCGGCGGGGGGGUGCGGAGCUGCAUCGGCAAGGAGCUGGCCAGGGCCAUCCUCAAGCUGCUGGCCAUCGAGCUGGUCCGCACGGCCCGCUGGGAGCUGGCCACCCCCAGCUUCCCCGAGAUGCAAACUGUGCCCAUCGUGCACCCCGUGGACGGGCUGCAGCUCUUCUUCCACCCCUUGCAGCCCGGCGGCGCCAGCCCCAGCCGCCAGGGGUCCCGGGAAGCGUGAGCGUGCGAAGCCGCCUCUCUGCUGCCGCGGCCCCUCGCUCCGGGGCGGGCAGGGCGAGGAGCGGGAGCUUCAGAGGGGCCGGGCGUGGGAGACGCCCCAGGAUUUGUUUCCACGGGCCUCCGGUUCCGUUUCCUUGCCGCAGCCCCCUGCUACGGGGGCUGGGAUCCGGCUGCUGAGAAGGCCCUGCCGCCGGGCCCAGCCAUUCUCUCCUCCUCGGCUCCCUGCUGCUGCCCAAGGCAAAAAGGGGUUCGGGAUGCAGCUACCGCCCGGGCUGCGCCUUCCAGUGCAGAGAACCCCUGUUGUCCGCUGGCACAUUAGAAAGGUUUUGCUUUGUCCCACGCGCCCUGCACUCUUGGAGGGGGCAGCCGGGCGCGGAUGCACAGACUCUGAGGGGCAAUGAAAAGAAAAAAAGAGUCCAAAUUCCUUAAACUGGAAAGGGUUGGCUGGCCUAGAGGUGAUGGCUGGGGAAAGAAACCAGCCGGUUCUAGAUUUUAAAACAGAAUCCCUAGGGAUUUAGAUUCACGUGCUGCGUCUCACCUGACUCCUGAAAGUUCAGGGGAAAGCCCUAUCUUCUGAGCAUCCUUCUGAACCACACUAGUGCCCUGGGCAGCCCCCUGCUCUCUUCCUUCUGACCGCAUAGAGAGUAUACAGAAAACGGGAGAGAAAAAUAGCUGUCUGUAGCAAAUGUUCAUUACAGCCGCUAACUACAGGUGGCCUGGGAUUUCCUGUUCCACAUGUAGAGGAAUUUAAUUAUGCCAUAUGGGAUAUUUGUAAGGGAGGUUGGAGUGUAUCACACUGGGAAAUAGGUUUUAGAAAUUCCCAUGGUCAGUGAAGAAGAGAAACAUAUAAGGGGUCGCUGCAAUCUGACAGGUCCAAACCUGUCAGAAACAUCCCAAUUCUGUAACUUCCUAAAAACUCUUUAGCUUUCCAUAGAGUAACCUAAAGUGAAUGUAUU